AUGGCAGACCCCGUCGCCGCCACCUACGGCCCCGUCGCCGCCACCUGCGGCCCCGUCGCCGUCACCUGCGGCCCCGUCGCCGUCACCUGCGGCCCCGUCGCCGCCACCUGCGGCCCCGUCGCCGCCACCUGCGGCCCCGUCGCCGUCACCUACGGCCCCGUCGCCGCCACCUGCGGCCCCGUCGCCGCCACCUGCGGCCCCGUCGCCGCCCCCUGCGGCCCCGUCGCCGCCACCUACGGCCACGCAGCCGCCACCUGCGGCCCCGCCGCCACCUGCGGCCCCGUCUCCGCCACCUUUGGCCCCGUCGCCGUCACCUGCGGCCCCGUCGCCCUCCCCUAG